AUGGCGGCAACAGAAUUAAAUCAAAGAGAUGGGUUAGGCCCGCAGACCUCCCCUUCCCCUGAAACUUCCUCGUUGAUGGGCGAAAGACCUGAUAGUGGCGUCCGCAUCAUAGGUCAGCUCUUCACUUUUAAGACUGCAUACAGGAUUGAUUGUUUAGUUUUAGACAACGCGCGACUCGACAUUGAAUUUCAAGAACAGAGUCCUUUUCUCAGAAAGCUGAUGAAACGACUUGAGAGACGCCCAAGGACCGCCAACAAAAAUCCGGAGCCUUUGGAUUUUCGAAAUGACGUGCAAGAGCCUUCUCCCCUUCAGUUGAACAUCGUGAUCCAGAUUGUUGGUUCACAAGGCGACAUUCAACCGUUUAUUGCGCUUGGAAAGGAGCUCCAGGGAAGCGGACACAGAGUUCGUCUUGCAACGCACCUCAAAUUUCGCAAAGAGAUCAAACAAAAUAGGCUAGAGUUCUUUGAUAUUGGAGGAGACCCAGAACAAUUAAUGGCUUUCAUGGUUCAAAACCCUGGCCUAAUACCUGAUCUACGCACGAUCAAGAGCGGCGCCGUUCAACAGCGCCGCCAGGAAAUAAAGGCUAUUCUUUCCGGUUGUUGGCGGUCAUGCUUCGAAGAAGGAGAGGGGUCUGAUUUACCUCAGAUACCUGAGAACAUAGGGAGCAAUGAAACGAGUGACUGUGUUCGGCCAUUUGUGGCUGAUGUCAUUAUCGCAAACCCUCCGAGCUUCGCGCAUUUCAGCUGUGCUGAGAAGCUGGGUAUCCCUCUUCACAUGAUGUUUACAAUGCCAUGGUCCCCCACGCGCGCUUUCCCCCAUCCGUUAGCGAACGUUCGGGCGAAGAGCAAUAAAGUAUCUGUUGCAAAUUUUGCUUCGUAUGCUCUGUUUGAAGUCUUAAUGUGGGAGGGGCUAGGAGAUUUGGUCAACAAAUUUCGCAAGAAAGAGCUUGGCCUCGAUCCACUGGAUCCAGACGACUGGUCUGAUAAUAUCGACAUUUGUGGUUUUCAGUUCUUGACUUCAGAAAGAAAUUACGAGCCCCCCUUGGAGCUGCAAGAGUUUCUCGAUGCAGGCGAGCGUCCAAUUUAUAUUGGAUUCGGGUCAGUAGUCGUCGCUGACCCUGUCAGAUUAAAUACAAUUAUCUUUGAAGCUAUCCAGGAGACGGGUCAACGAGCGGUCGUCUCUCAAGGUUGGUCUAAUCUUGGUGCGAGUACGGCCGAGACUCCUUGCAACGUUUUUCUCUUAGAUAAAUGCCCCCAUGAAUGGCUAUUCCCGCGUGUUUCAUGCGUUAUACAUCACGGAGGUGCUGGAACCACAGCCGCUGGUUUACUUGAGGGCUGCCCCACGGUGAUUGUGCCUUUUUUUGGCGACCAACUAUUCUGGGGAUCAAUCGUUGCGCACACUGGUGCUGGACCUCGAGCAAUUCCAUAUAAACAGCUUACUACUGCAAAUUUAGUCGCCGCCAUUGAAACGGCCUUGCAGUCCUCGACCAAGAAUCAUGCUGAGGCUAUAAGCAGCGCUAUGCGGAAAGAAGAUGGUGUACAGAACGCGGUCAGAAGCUUUCAUCACCAUACAAACUUUGAGAAGCUUCGUUGCUCUCUGUGUCCACAUAAGCCGGCUGCGUGGUGGGUACGACGUUCUCAUAUUAGAUUGAGUGCGCUUGCAGCGUCUGUCUUGGUGCAGUCUGGACAUAUUGAUCCACAUCAGUUGGCUAUGUAUCGGCCGCGAGAGUAUGAAACCAAUCACGAAUAUCGGGGACCUCUUUCUGCCAGCGCAGAAGUUUCUUAUCGCUUCUUAACCAACAUGGUUGGGGGAAUGGCACGUAUUCUUGGAGAAUUACCCUCCACUUUCUCCGGAACCCGGCGAAUGGAAGCUCAAGGCCGUGCCCAAGUACGGGAUUCAGCCGUAGCAUAUUUUGCAGAAACAGUGCCAAGGGAAAAGAAGAAGGAACCCCUAGAUACUUCAGAAAACUCAGGAAGUAUACAAAUACCCGAUAUCUCUUUGUCGCCUCAUGAGCCAGCAGAAGGUUCUUUGGGAGGUCAAACAAACCGGGCUCAUGGCUCUGUUGGCGGCAUUGAUACAGCUUCGGCCUCACAAGGCUUGAUGAACCACUCAAGACCGAGGCAUGACUCACCCAGCCAGCGAGAGACAAGAACACAAGCGAAUGUCGCCAAGUUUACGCCAACUCAGAGAGCCCUCAGCGAUCCAAGCUCUUAUAAGGCUGGAAAAGUUGCAAUAAAGCUGCUUGACUUUGUGCUCAUUCUCCCGGCUGAUUUUGCACUCGGUUUGACUAAGGGAUUUCAUAAUGGGCCAAAGCUAUAUCAUGAUUCCAUGGUGCGAGAAAUCCCCACUGUCAGAAGUAUCAAAAGUGGGCUUCGCGUCGCUGGCACUGUAAUUGUUCAAAUCCAGAUUUACCCGGAGAGUCCCGAAUUUACUCAAGAAAUUUACGCUGGUGUCACUGGAGUUUUUGUGCAACCUGUCCAUGCCAUUCGACAAUCCGGCUUCAAAGGUUUGGUACCAGGCAUUGGAAAAGGGUUGUUCGGAAUAUAUUUCAAAUCAUUAAGUGGUCUCUGUGGUCUCGCAGGCUUCCCUCUUGAUGGGCUUCAUAAAAGUCUUCGUCAUUCCUUAUCCAAGGACAAACUGAGAAAAAUCGAAGAAUCACGGAUAGAACAAGGCAUAGAAGAAAUGUGUGCUGCACCAGAAGAGGAAAAGCAAAAGAUCAUUCGUGGAUGGCAAGGAAUAACUACCCCAAUUGGCUAA